UUGCGUUCCCAGGCUCGGCGGGGCGCUGGCGGCCCAGGGGGGGAUCUGCACGCACGUACUCGCGCGGAGUCCACGGCGUGCGCGGCGGCCCAGCCACCAUGCUCAGUGAAACUCUCUGGGAAAUUGCAAAAGUUGAAGUGGACAAAAAAAGAAGUCAUGGAAAUGAAGGCAAUGGAAUUGAAAUUGCAGAAAAAUCCGUUUUCUUCAUUGGCAGUAAAAAUGGGGGGAAGACUACUAUUAUUCUAAGAUGCCUUGAUAGGGACGAGCCAGCGAAACCAACGUUAGCUCUGGAAUACACGUACGGAAGGAGAGCAAAAGGACAUAACACACCAAAAGACAUUGCUCAUUUUUGGGAACUGGGUGGAGGAACAUCUUUGUUGGAUUUAAUCAGCGUACCAAUUACCAGUGAUACCUUACGGACUUUCUCUAUUGUUCUUGUUUUGGAUCUUUCAAAACCUAAUGACCUUUGGCCCACCAUGGAAAAUCUGUUGCAAGCCACAAAGAACCAUGUAGAUAAAGUGAUAAUGAAACUAGGAAAGACGAAUUCUAAAGCAGCUUCUGAAAUGAGACAGAAGAUGUGGAGUACUAUGCCAAAGGACCAUCCGGAUCGUGAAUUAAUUGAUCCCUUUCCAAUACCUCUGGUCAUAAUUGGAAGUAAAUAUGAUAUUUUUCAGGACUUCGACCCUGAGAAGAGAAAGGUGAUAUGCAAGACUCUGCGGUUCGUCGCUCACUACUAUGGGGCCUCCUUGAUGUUUGCCAGUAAAUCAGAAGCUCUUUUGCUAAAAAUCCGUGGUGUUAUCAACCAGUUGGCCUUUGGCAUUGACAAAAGCAAAUCAAUAUGUGUGGAUCAGAAUAAGCCACUGUUUAUCACAGCAGGAUUGGAUUCUUUAUGUCACAUAGGGUCUCCUCCUGUUCCUGACAAUGACAUUGGAAAGCUUCAAGCCCAUUCACCAAUGGAGUUGUGGAAAAAAGUGUAUGAAAAGCUAUUUCCACCAAAGAGUAUCAAUCCACUGAAAGCCACCCAGGACCCUGCCCGCGAUCCUCAGCAUGCUGAAAGUGAAGUGGAUGAGAUGCGGGCUCAGAAAGAUCAGGAACUGGAGCAGUACAAGAGAAGUUCUUCUAAGACCUGGAAACAAAUUGAACUGGACACCUGAACCUAGCUUGAUUAUUGUCUAUUUAUUUCUUCUUUCCUAAAUCCAAGUAGGGUUAUUUUAUUAACUAUAGUGGCACUAUAUGAAGAUAGUUAAGACUUGUAACUUGUUAGAAGAGUAAUUUCUUAUUCUGGUAUAACUCUAUGAACAUUCUGAAGUCUUUUAGAAGGAAAAAUAUGUAACUACAUGUAAUAUUUUUAAAAUAAAACAAGUGUCUCACUUUCCCCUAA